CGUGGUUCACCUUCCUCCUAUAUAUGUACCAUACACUCUUUGUAUCUAUAGGUCGUUAUAUAUCAGCUACAAACCCAGUGUUGCUGCCGGACACACUCGCCAUCAGCUUCUUCUUCGUUCGAAUCUGAGCUGCUGCUGUUUCUGGUGGUCGGCAAUGGUGGGGAGUGGCGUUUUUGCGGAGAUCAUCGAGGGAGAUGUGUUCAAGUAUUACGCCGAUGGCGAGUGGAAGACGUCUUCCUCCGGGAAGUCUGUGGCCAUCGUCAAUCCGACCACGAGAAAGACCCAGUACCGGGUUCAAGCUUGUACACAAGAAGAGGUCAACAAGGUGAUGGAAAUAGCAAAAACCGCCCAAAAAUCAUGGGCAAAAACCCCCUUAUGGAAGCGAGCCGAACUCCUUCACAAGGCAGCAGCUAUUCUCAAAGAGCACAGAGCUCCAAUUGCAGAGUGUCUAGUGAAGGAAAUUGCUAAGCCAGCCAAAGAUGCUGUGACUGAGGUUGUCAGGUCAGGGGAUCUUGUUUCUUACACUGCUGAAGAAGGGGUCCGAAUUCUGGGAGAGGGAAAGUUCUUAGUAUCUGAUAGUUUUCCCGGAAAUGAGAGAACAAAAUACUGCCUUACUUCUAAGAUUCCCCUUGGGGUUAUUCUCGCCAUUCCACCCUUUAAUUAUCCUGUCAACCUCGCCGUCUCCAAAAUUGGUCCCGCCCUGAUUGCUGGAAACUCUCUCGUGCUUAAACCUCCAACUCAGGGUGCUGUGGCUGCCCUCCAUAUGGUUCAUUGCUUCCACCUAGCUGGCUUUCCCAAGGGCCUUAUCAGCUGCAUUACAGGGAAAGGCUCUGAGAUUGGGGAUUUCCUGACAAUGCAUCCUGGGGUAAACUGUAUAAGCUUCACUGGUGGAGACACUGGCAUUGCAAUUUCAAAGAAAGCAGGCAUGAUUCCUCUGCAGAUGGAGCUGGGAGGAAAAGAUGCAUGCAUUGUGCUUGAGGACGCUGAUCUGGACUUGACAGCAGGAAGCAUUGUAAAAGGAGGCUUCUCCUACAGUGGUCAAAGAUGCACUGCUGUGAAGGUUGUCUUGGUGAUGGAAUCCGUUGCUGAUGCCCUCGUUGAAAAGGUGAAUGCCAAAGUGGCAAAGCUGACUGUUGGGCCACCCGAGGAUGACUGUGAUAUCACUCCAGUUGUUACAGAGUCAUCUGCAAACUUCAUUGAAGGGUUAGUUAAGGAUGCAAAAGAGAAAGGGGCAACAUUUUGCCAGGAGUACAAGAGGGAGGGCAACCUCAUUUGGCCUUUGUUAUUGGAUAACGUUCGCCCAGACAUGAGAAUAGCAUGGGAGGAGCCGUUUGGCCCAGUUCUGCCAGUUAUCCGAAUCAGUUCAGUCGAAGAAGGAAUCCACCACUGCAAUGCAAGCAAUUUUGGCCUGCAGGGAUGCGUCUUCACACGGGACAUCAACAAGGCGAUUUUGAUCAGUGACGCCAUGGAGACGGGAACAGUCCAGAUCAACUCGGCACCAGCCCGGGGCCCGGAUCAUUUUCCUUUCCAGGGUCUGAAGGACAGUGGAAUUGGAUCACAAGGCAUCACCAAUAGCAUCAACAUGAUGGUGAAGGUGAAGAGCACUGUGAUCAACUUGCCAACUCCUACAUAUACCAUGGGGUAAUAACAUACAUGAUAGAUCCCCAUCACCAUCAGAGAAUAAAUUACGGCAGAUUACUUGCAACCUAGCUACUAGCUAUAGUGACUUCGGCCUGAAUCCUUCUGUGUUAUGUUCCCCUUUUAGCUAUUCUUAAUGAGGAAAGUAAGGAUAAUCUUAGAGAUUUCAACCAACAGCGAGGCUGUGCUCUUAAUAAAACUGAACCUUAUUGGCAGCUUAUUGGGAGGUUGUAUUUGUACAAGUAGACUGUGAAAUGGCAUGAUUGCCCCUCGAUCUGAUGGAGGAGGACGUUGGCAUGGCAGCCGCCUCUAAAGACACAUAUAAUAAGAGGCGUGGACCUAAAACUGGUACCACCGCCCAAGCACCAGUUUGGGAUCUUGGAAGCAGAUUGAAUGACCAGGAGGAGGGAUCCUGAAAAGCAAUUUCUUUCUUAGGCUUGAGUUUUGAUGUUAUAUGCAGUAAGGGCAUUUUUGUCACUCUAUGUAAGUCAUUUGGCAACUCUAAUUAUGUGUUUAGGUUUUCUUGGUA